AUGACUCUUCAGACAACCCUAGCCAGCCUCCCACCUACCAACUCGCUGGACAAGGACCAAUUCUCCUGGGAAGACGUGGUCCCCGCCGGCGCUGAGCCAUCCUUUCGGGCAGCCCUUGGCAACCAGCAGCCCAACGCCGUUGCCGACAAAACUAGCCAAAAUCUACGUCUUGCCAGACCUGACAACGACCCAUCUCAAGUCACACUGCCCGGUGGUGCGCAACCAGACGCUUCCACACACCCUUGA